GAAUCUUUGUCCAUUUCGCUUAUGUUCUGUAAGAUUUCUUCUAAUAAUAAUGUCUGCUUCACAUUUAAAGACACAUUUGAUGUGUUCGAGUCAGGAGAGUUUGUGAGAGAGAGGCAGCCAACUCCAUCAAUCCUUCACGGGUUAAAAGAGGGCAACCGUGUGAGGGUGAAAACUGGAGGCAGCCGAAGUGUUGGUUUUGUUUGGGUCGAGCUUGUCGAUUGGCAUUCGUUCGGUUUGUUUUCUAAGCUUGGAUCAAGAUUUCUUGAGGAGUUUCUGCACAACAUAGUGAACAAACACACCAAACUAAAGAUAGGAAAUCACUUCACUCCAUUGCCAACAUCAUCAAGCCACAAGAAAAAUCAACUCUUCCAAAGCAAAAAAUCAAGCUUCUGUACAAAAAUGAAAACGAUCGUCUUCCUUGCCUUUGCUCUUUUCCUCCAGGGAGCCCUUGGGGAAUUAAUCUGUGAGGAAUUGCCUGUUGGAUUGUGUUCGUUCUCAAUCGCAUCCUCUAGUAAGCGAUGCCUGUUAGAGACUCACGCAUCAAAUGAUGGAACUAUGGACUUCCAAUGCAAGACAUCUGAAGUGGUUGCUAUUAACUUGCACGAUUAUAUUGAGGCUGAUGAAUGCGUGGAUGCAUGUGGGGUCGAUAGGAAAUCUGUCGGGAUCUCAUCAGACACCCUUCUCGACUCUCAGUUCACCACCAAGCUAUGCUCACCACAGUGUUACCAGAACUGUCCCAACAUUGUUGAUCUUUACUACAAUUUGGCUCUCGGAGAAGGAGCAUUUUUACCUGAUCUGUGCAAAUCUCAAAGAGCAAAUUCACGUCGUUCAAUGGCUCAGAUUCAAAGUUCUGGUAUAGCUUUUGGCCCUAUUUCUGCAGCUGCUGGUCCAAUGUCUGCUGCUUCUCCUUUUCCUUCUCCAUCUUCAUCUCUUGAUUGUGCUCCAGCUCCAAUGUAAAUACAUCCCUAUUUGAUACGCAGUAUUGGAUAGGAAUAGAUAAUAUAAUGAAAAAGAUUUUAGUUUAUUUUUGUUGAUAUCUAUAACUAUCCAAUCCUCUUACCGAACAUGGCGUAUAUGUUCUAUGUAAUUUCAUUUGAUAUAGCAGUUGUAAUUAUAUAUUAUUUAAUGAAAGUGGACUAUAUCUGAUCAU